CUCCGAGCUGUGCUCGCCAGCCCUCUGCCUGCUCCCUGCUCCGGCCUCGCCUCCCCACGCCGCCACCAUGAGCCAGUCCUACUCCUCCAGCCAGCGGGUCUCUUCCUACCGCCGCACCUUCGGCGGCUCCCCGGUGUUCCCUCGUGCCUCCUUCGGGAGCAAGGGCAGCAGCGGCAGCUCCGUCACCUCCCGCGUCUACCAGGUGUCCCGCACCUCGGCCGUGCCCAGCCUGUCCACCUUCCGCACCACCCGCGUGACGCCCCUGCGCACCUACCAAAGUGCCUACCAGGGCUCCGGAGAGCUGCUGGACUUCAGCCUGGCCGAUGCCAUGAACCAGGAGUUCCUCCAGACCCGCACCAACGAGAAGGUGGAGCUGCAGGAGCUCAAUGACCGCUUUGCCAACUACAUCGAAAAGGUGCGCUUCCUGGAGCAGCAGAACGCCCUCAUGGUGGCCGAGGUGAACCGCCUGCGGGGCAAGGAGCCCACCCGCGUGGCCGAGAUGUACGAGGAGGAGCUGCGGGAGCUGCGGCGCCAGAUCGACGUGCUCACCAGCCAGAGGGCUCGCGUGGAGGUUGAGCGUGACAACCUGCUCGAUGACCUGCAGAAACUCAAGCAGAAGCUGCAAGAGGAGAUCCAGCUGAAGGAGGAGGCUGAGAACAACCUCGCUGCAUUCAGAGCUGAUGUGGAUGCAGCCACACUAGCACGCAUUGACCUGGAAAGACGUAUCGAGUCCCUGCAGGAGGAGAUCGCCUUCCUCAAGAAGGUGCAUGAAGAGGAAAUCCGGGAGCUGCAGGCACAGCUGCAGGAGCAGCACAUCCAGGUGGAGAUGGACAUUUCCAAGCCCGAUUUGACAGCCGCGCUGCGGGACAUCCGCGCUCAGUACGAGAGCAUCGCUGCCAAGAACAUCGCCGAGGCCGAGGAGUGGUACAAGUCCAAGGUGUCUGACCUGACGCAGGCGGCCAACAAGAACAACGAUGCGCUCAGGCAGGCCAAGCAGGAGAUGCUGGAGUACCGGCACCAGAUCCAGUCCUACACCUGCGAGAUUGAUGCCCUCAAGGGCACGAAUGACUCGCUGAUGCGGCAGAUGCGGGAGAUGGAGGAGCGCUUUGCAGGGGAGGCCGGUGGCUACCAGGACACCAUUGCCCGCCUGGAGGAGGAGAUCCGGCACCUGAAGGAUGAGAUGGCCCGGCACCUGCGCGAGUACCAGGACCUGCUCAAUGUCAAGAUGGCCCUGGAUGUGGAGAUCGCCACAUACCGCAAGCUGCUGGAGGGAGAGGAGAACCGGAUCAGCAUCCCCAUGCACCAGACCUUCGCUUCCGCACUCAAUUUCCGAGAGACCAGCCCAGAGCAGCGGGGCUCCGAGGUGCACACCAAAAAGACCGUGAUGAUCAAAACCAUCGAAACCCGCGACGGGGAGGUGGUGAGCGAGGCGACUCAGCAGCAGCAUGAAGUGCUGUAGAGGAGGCUGCUCCAGCGGCCCACUGGCACCUUCUGUCCCUGCCUCCGUCCCUCCGCCAUGCCCCCCUCGUGCCCCCCACCUCCCCCGGCACUGCCUGAGGAGUCUCCCCCAUGCAGCUGCCUCUGGGCCCCCGCACCCCCUGGGCUC